GCUAGAGGUGGACCCCAACAUCCAGGCCGUGCGCACCCAGGAGAAGGAGCAGAUCAAGACCCUCAACAACAAGUUCGCCUCCUUCAUCGACAAGGUCCGGUUCCUAGAGCAGCAGAACAAGAUGCUGGAGACCAAGUGGAGCCUCCUGCAGCAGCAGAAGACAGCCCGGAGCAACAUGGACAACAUGUUCGAGAGCUACAUCAACAACCUGCGCCGGCAGCUGGACACCCUGGGCCAGGAGAAGCUGAAGCUGGAGGCGGAGCUUGGCAACAUGCAGGGGCUGGUGGAGGACUUCAAGAAUAAGUACGAGGAUGAGAUCAACAAACGUACAGAGAUGGAGAAUGAAUUCGUCCUCAUCAAGAAGGAUGUGGAUGAAGCUUACAUGAACAAGGUAGAGCUGGAGUCUCGCCUGGAAGGGCUGACCGAUGAGAUCAACUUCCUCAGGCAGCUGUAUGAAGAGGAGAUCCGUGAGCUGCAGUCCCAGAUCUCCGACACGUCCGUGGUCCUGUCCAUGGACAACAGCCGCUCCCUGGACAUGGACGGCAUCAUUGCCGAGGUCCGCGCCCAGUACGAGGAAAUCGCCAACCGCAGCCGUGCUGAAGCUGAGAACAUGUACCAAAUCAAGUAUGAGGAGCUGCAGACGCUGGCUGGGAAGCACGGGGAUGACCUGCGGCGCACGAAGACUGAGAUCUCUGAGAUGAACCGGAACAUUAGCCGGAUCCAGGCUGAGAUUGAGGGCCUUAAGGGGCAGAGAGCUCCCCUGGAGGCCGCCAUUGCUGAUGCUGAGCAGCGUGGGGAGCUGGCCAUUAAGGAUGCCAAUGCCAAGCUGGCUCAGCUGGAGGCAGCUCUGCAGCAGGCCAAGCAGGACAUGGCACGGCAGCUGCGCGAGUACCAGGAGCUCAUGAAUGUCAAGCUGGCCCUGGACAUUGAGAUCGCCACCUACCGCAAGCUGCUGGAGGGCGAGGAGAGCCGGCUGGAAUCUGGGAUGCAGAACAUGAGUAUCCAUACGAAGACUACCAGCGGCUACUCAGGUGGGCUGACCUACGGGGGCCUCACAAGCCCCGGCCUCAACUAUGGCCUGAGCUCCUUCCAGUCCAGCUUCAGCUCUGGAGG